GCUCUGUCGUGUAUAUAACCGCACGUUUGCGGUCGGCGAACGCAUUGUAACCGCUGCCAUCGCGCUGAUAAAACACGAUAAGAUCGCGUUUGGUCCAACAGGUAUUAGCGCGUAUUAGAUUAAUUAUUCUCCUACCUUUCGCCGGAAUUAUUAAACUCUUAUCGACUGUAUAUGUAUUCGCGAUUUCCCGGCACGAUUUCCAGCCUCUUCGUUAAUUAAUCAAAGUCAGGAGCGAUUCCGUCUGGCCGGCGAGAGGGAACUUUUUCACGACUCGCCUGAUAUCCGCACACUUUUAAUUCGAUUAUCUGCGGCGCCUUUUUUUUGAGUAUUAUGCGCGAGGAGGAUUUAAUGCGAUUUUGUGUUAUGUGUUGAAUGCAACAAGUAAAACCCCAUCGUACUAGCACUGCUAUUCUGCCGCAGGAAUAUGUUUUAGAUGUUCUCUCGAAAUGGAUUAUGUUAGCACUGUUUGCUGCAUUUUGGCCUUCCUGCUUUAUUACAACACUUUAGACGCGGGAUUCGUGUAUGAUGAUCGGCGGGCGAUAUUGAGCAAUCCAGACUUGUUAUCGAAGACGCCGUGGAGUCGCCUUCUGGAGAACGACUUCUGGGGCACGCCGUUAAGCGACAGCGGAUCCCACGGAUCGUAUCGCCCCCUAUGCGUCCUGACAUUCCGGCUUAAUUACGUCCUGGGGGGCUUCCAGCCGUGGGGCUACCACCUGGUGAACGUCCUGCUUCAUUGCCUGGCCACGGCUUUGCUCAUCCGCAUAGCGAGACUGAUAUUGCCAAAGACGAAAUCUAAAGUCGGAUCGCUCGUGACUGGCUUGGUAUUCGCCACGCACCCGGUGCACACGGAGGCCGUAGCCGGGGUGGUGGGAAGGGCCGAUUUGGCGGCAUGUAAUUUCUAUUUCCUCUCCCUGCUGGCCUACAUAUCUCACGUGAAAUGCCGCGACACCACGUACUGUCACCGGUUUUGCAAGAACAACUCGCUGACCAAACCGGACUCGAAGCAGUACCAAAAAAUCGUGUACGCUUUGCAGAAGAACGUGACGAGUUGCAACUGGCCUAAGAGGAACUUCAAGGACCUGGAAAACAAUGAAAUUACAACCGCGGUGGGCGUCAUCUUCAACAGCAAGGGUACUUUUAGUUCGUGUUGUCGGACGAAUAAUUUAAAGUUGUGGUUGUACCUGGUUUUGAGUUUGUUGUUGGCUCUGGCCGCCAUGCUGAGCAAGGAGACUGGAAUUACCGUGCUGGGAAUAUGCUUCAUCUACGAUCUAAUAUACUGCAUGUCCAGUAAUAAGAAACAGACUCGGAGCUUAUUGAUUCUCGCUUCGGCCCUGUCAAUCAUACUGGCUGUCAGACUGCAAGCACGUACGCCGCAUUUUUCCAGCGCGGAUAAUCCGACGGCGAAGGAGCCGGAGUUUCUAACGAGAUUUUUCACUUUCUCCUAUUUACCUGCGUUUAACUUUUGGCUGUUGAUUUAUCCCAAUAAUCUGAGCUUCGAUUGGGGCAUGGACGCCAUACCGAGGAUAACGACGCUCAACGACUACAGGAUAAUCGUCACGUUCGCGUUUUACUAUUGUUUAGCGUGCGUACUGAAGAGGAACGUUAGGAAAAUCGUCGGCAUCCAAAGCGAACAGUUCAAUUGCAAAUCGGACGAUAACUGUACUGUGUGUCACAUGAAUUGCUCAGAAAUCCAUUCGGUCUCUUGCAGGAAUACGAAUAACAACAACACGACGAGUUUCUUCUCGUCCUCCUGCGUUUGUUUGAACAUUUGCAGACCGUUGGUCGUGUUGAGGCAUCACGAGAAGAAACGCUGCCACACAAACGCCACUAUUUUAUUGUCGUUCGCGUUCCUAGCUCUUCCAUUUCUUCCCGCUACUAAUAUAUUGUUCUACGUGGGUUUCGUGGUAGCCGAAAGAGUCUUGUAUCUUCCCAGUGCUGGUUUGUGUCUUCUGUUGGGCCUCGCCAGCGGCACCCUGUGGGACAGUUAUAAGAGACAAAGACCGGUGUUUCUGUGCGCGUUUGUGAUGGUACUGGCGGCUUUCAGUGCCAAAACUGUAUUUAGGAAUAAAGAUUGGAAGAGCGAAGAAGCCUUGUACAGGUCUGCGGUGCCUAUUAAUCCACCCAAAGCGUAUGGAAACCUGGGUAGCGUUCUGAACAGUCAGGGGCGGAUGGACGAGGCCGAAAUAGCGUUCAGAAAGGCCCUGCAACACCGACCCAACAUGGCGGACGUCCACUACAAUCUUGGGAUCCUGCUGCAGGGCAAAAACAAGUUGGAUGAGGCAAUUUUGAGCUACCAGCGGGCAAUUCAUUUCAGACCGUCGUUAGCUCUGGCUUAUGUGAAUUUGGGAACAGCUUUAAUAUCUGCUGGUAGAUGCCAGGAGGCGGUAUCGAUCCUUCGGCAGGGUUCUCGGCUUGACGGUACCGGACUUAAGGAUCGGAAAGAGCACGAAACCGCCAAAAUAUCAGCCCUUCUUCAACUAGGCGCCCUCUAUUCGGAUCAAGGGAGACUCCAACGGGCGCUCGCAGCUUACAGGGAAGCUGCGUAUUCCUUACCGAAUCAUUAUCCUCCACAGAGCGUGUUCAACGUGUUGGGGGAGACCUUGGCGAGACUGGAGCAAGACGAGGAGGCAGAGAGAUGGUACAGAGCUGCUCUACACGCUCAACCCGACCACGUUCCAGCCCACAUCACCUACGGGAAGCUGCUCGCUAAAAACAUAAGCAGAGUCGCCGAGGCCGAACAGUGGUUUCGGAAAGCUCAGCGUAUUGCUCCUCGAGAUCCAAGCGUAUUCCAUCAUUAUGGGGAAUUCCUGGCGUCGCGGCACCGCUACAAAGAGGCGGCGAACAUGUACGAGAAGGCGGCCGAUCUCCGGCCGGAGGACUACGAGCUGGCGGUGGCGGCGGCGACGGCGAUGCGGCAGGCCGUCCGCUAUCAGGACGCCGAGAGGUGGUACAGGAAGGCGGUUUCCAUCAAACCGACGGACGCCAGAAGUCACACCAACCUCGGCGCCAUUUUGCACCUUAACGGCAAAUACCGUGAAGCUGCGGAUUCCUAUCGAGAAGCCUUGAGGCUCCAACCUAACGACGUGACCACGUUAGCUAAUCUCCACAAAUUGCACAGCGUCAUGACCUGACACUAAUUAAGGUUAUCGAUUUUUUAAUAACUCGGAAGUUGGCCCAGUCAGUCCACAAUAUUAGAUUUUCUAUUGUAAUUACAUCGGGGAGGGACGAAAUUUAUACCUAAAAUACACUUAUUAAUUACGAGGGGAAACGAACAACAAGAUUAAUUACCUCUAAAAGCUCAUUUUAAUUUGCGUUUCGUUAUAUUCCAAAAAAUGGGAGAGCGAAUUAUUUUCGCAUUAAAAAGUUUUGUUGUACUCAUUUCUAGAUUGACUGGGCUAUAUAACUUUUAUGAGACUAACAAUCUAAACAAUGUAAAAUGUAAUUAGGGGGGUUUUUUAAGCCGAUUAUCAUAAAGAUGGUGUGCCUUGAAAUGGCUUAAAGUGGAAUUUUGUUCACAAAAGGGGAAUGAUUUAAAAAUAACAUUUCCUUUGGGUAAUGAAACAUUGGACAAUGAGGAUUUUUCCUGGAGUAUUCUUGUCUUUUAAUCAAAAAGUACUUACAGUGAAAAAGCACCUAAAAAUACAGAAUGGGAAAAUUGAAAAAUCAAAAUUGAGCUUAAAUUUCAAAUUAUAAAAUUUUUUGUGUUACCUCGGAAAAUAAAUCCAAUCAUCAUAAGAAUAUUUAUAUUAACAUUGAAACAAUAUACAAAAAAAUCCAUUUUUAACUUUAUGUGAACAAAUUUCUACCAAAAUGAUUUACCUGUGCAUUAGACGGGAAGAUACAUUUAUGGAUUACAAUCAAAUACCUAUAUUCGC